GACGAAGAAGCCUUUUUAAUUCUUCUCAAUAUCUUCCACCUACGCAAACGCCAGAUCCCAAAGGUCAUGAGCGUUGAGAUGCUUGCCAAGAUCGCCGUGCUUAUUGACUAUUACAAUCUUGAAAAAGCAGAAGCCAUCGAGGAUUAUGUCGACACCUGGAUCAAUCAUGUAAGGCGUAGCUACGCGGUUCCAGCCUCUUAUGGUCGAGACUUAGUGUUGUGGAUGUGCGUCUCGGCCGUUCUCGAUUUGUCGACGGAGUUUGAGAAGGCUACGGCUGUAGCGAUCCGGGAGAGCAUGGGGGCGAUCCAAACUUUGAGCCUUCCAAUCCCUCUCAGCGCUACGCGGGAUAUCGACCAUAAGCGUGUUCAUGCCAUCGACCACAUUAUCUCAGAACUGCACUGUUUGCUACAGAGGUAUCGUAGCACUAACUAUUCCUGCCGGUACGAGUCCUACUCGUUCUGCUGCGGAGCUUUCCUCUUCGGCGCCUUGUACAAAGAAAUGGAGAGAUGGGGCUUUCUAGCACCGCGUCCAGAGAGCCCGUUCCUCGGAUCGAGCCUCAGGAGAGUAUGUUCGAAGAUACUUAGGUUGCAAAUUGACGUGAACUCUGUUUGA